CUCUCAGCUCUUUACCAAAACUAUUUACUAAAACACAGGCAGGGUAACUGCUUUGUUAUUGUUUCAAUUAAGGAUGCCAUCUUUAAUCUUGCUUUCAAUACGUCAGUCUUAUUGAUUGAAGCCCACAUUGGCAAAUACAGCCUCAAACUAACAGGUGGGCGUCAUCGUUAAAAUAAAAGAAUGUAAUCCAAUUGGCGCAUAGAAAUUCUAGAAGACCUGCCUCCAAAUGGUUGCUAUGCCUACAACACAUUCUUCCCCCUAGGCUUGAUUGAAAAGUAUGUCAACCAAUAGAGACAGAGAUGGGUGGGAAUUUGCGCGCACACUGAAAUCUGCCCAGAGAAUUUGUGCCACUUCCCUAGUGCUUACUAUCAAAUCACUUUGGGCAGGCUUCACCGUACGGCUGGUGCUGGACAGGUGAAUGACUCAGGAUGGAAAAUGUACUAUAAAGGUUUUCCAGAAAAUACAUACAGAUCCCUAUAAAACUCUCUGAGUGAAGAUGGCGUUCUUCAAGAACAACUUCUGGGGGGACAAGAAUGCAGGUUUUGACUUGCUGUACCACAACAUGAAGCAUGGGCAGAUUGCUACCAAGGAGCUGGCAGAGUUUGUCCGUGAGAGGGCUGCCAUCGAGGAAACCUACUCCAAGUCUAUGAGCAAAAUGGCCAAGAUGACAAGCAAUGGAAGCCCACUAGGGACGUUUGCCCCUAUGUGGGACGUGUUCCGGGUGUCAUCAGACAAGCUGGCUCUCUGCCACCUUGAGCUGAUGCGCAAGAUGAACGACCUCAUCCGGGACAUCAACAAGUAUGGUGACGAGCAGGUCAAAGUUCACCGCAAGGCCAAGGAGGAGCAGGUGGGGACCCUGGAGGCUGUUCAGGCGGUUCAGGUCCAGAAUGGUCACCUCCAGAAGUCCAGGGAGGGAUACCACUCCAAGUGUAUUGAGCUGGACAGACUGAGGAAAGAGGGAGCCCCCCAGAAAGAACUGGAGAAGGCGGAGCUGAAGUCUAAGAAAGCUGCAGAGUUGUUUGCUGUGUGCAUAGAGAAGUACAACCGCGUGGGAGGAGACUUCGAGCAGAAGAUGAGCGAAUCAGCUCAGAAGUUCCAGGACAUUGAGGAGACCCACCUGAGGCAGAUGAAACAGCUUAUCAAGGGAUACUCUCACUCCAUAGAGGACACCCACGUCCAGGUGGGACAGGUCCAUGAGGAGUUCAAACAGAACGUGGAGAACAGCGGUAUAGAUAACCUCAUCCAGAGGUUUGCAGAGCAGAAGGGCACAGGGAAGGACAGACCAGCCCUGGUGGGGUUUGAGGAGUACCUGACAGCUUCAGUACCUGAGGGGAGUAAGAAGAGUCGAGGAAAAGCCUUCAGGAUUCCUGGACUGGGCAAGAGGGACAAAGAGCCAGACUCAACGGAUUCGGCUGUGACGGAGACACCAGUGAGUAACUCUCCCCUGGAGGUGGAUGAGGAGGGGUUUGUCAUCCGAGCCGACGUCAAUCAGAAUGGCUGCUCGACGGWGGACAAGGAGAACGACUUCUACUCCAGCGACUCUGACUUUGACGACGAGGAGCCCAAGAAGUUCCACAUCCAGAUCCGUCCGGUGGGCAGCAGCAACUCUGCUGCUACAGAGAUGGAGCUGAAGGCCACCGUGGGGGCACUCACACUGCCCCCCAACAGAGGGGUGUCAGUGAAACGUCAUCGCUCCAGAAACAGCAGUACUACAGGCCGUUCAGAGGGGGAGGGAGAGGGCGCCCCCCACAGGGAGGGAGAGCAGGACGGCCUACGCAAUUCCAUCUCCAGUCCGGAUCACAGCAGGUUGAGUUCUACUGCGUCAGGCUCAGACAACCUCUUUGGACCUCCUCUGGAGUCGGCCUUUAAGUCCAAAAGCUUUGCUGGUAGAGAACAGCUACCGAGAGCAGAGAGUGUCUUUGGUGCAUCUGAAUAUGCUGCCUUCUCCACUGACUCCUCCUCUCCUGAAAACGUAGAGGACUCUGGGCUGGACUCACCUUCCCAACAGCCCCUGGGCCCCUCCCCUGAGACAGCUGGUUGGGCAGCGUGGCCAUCGGCAGGUCAGAGUAAAGAACCAGCAGGACUGAGCAGGCCAGCAGACCCCUUCCUUACUGCCUUUAGAGACCCCUCCCCAGGACACAGCCCCCACUCCCCCCAGGACGACCCAGCCAGUGUCUGGGCAGCUGCUCAUCGGUCCCCCCGCCCCCCUCCAGACAUGGACCUCUCAGCCCUCCGCUUCCCGGUCUUCUCCCAGUCCCUGGUCCCUCCAGAGCUGGACCCGGCUCUGUGGAGCUGUAAACACAUCCCUCCUGAAGACCCCUUCCUGGCUGCCUUUGAGAGGACCGUCGUCACCCAGGAGACCCUGCCCCCCCCUGACGCCUGGGCCCCCCCACCUCCGCGCCCCUCCAGAGACGGGAGGGGGAUAGAGGUACGGAGCGACCCCUUUUCCAGUGACAGUAAAACCCUCCCCACCACCUCCUUUUGCAAGGACAUGGACCGGAAACGGGACCGUAGCGUCCUGCCCCCAGAAUCACCUGACGACCCAUUCGCCAUCACUAUGAUUGGCAGCCCCACCCACCAGUCAGCCCUGGCUGCCGCGACAGGGGUCCUGACCCACAGUGUCAGCAGUAGUAGGUUGACCCACAACGCCAAAUCCCUCCCCUUAUCCCAGACGAAAAAGGAGCUGGUCCACUGGAACUCUGUCCACAACCCCUUCAGUGAGGGGACCUCGGCUGGGUCUCUGGCCCUGGGUGGAGUGGUCAAUGAGGGAGGGAGGAAGCAGCACGAGUCAUGCAGUGAAAGCGGGCCACGCAGGAGCGGCCUGCCUCUCACACUGCAUUCUGGGCCACAGGAGGACCUGUGCUUCUCUACUGACAAAGACCAGAACUGUCUGGAUCUGAACGCACCACAGCAAUCCUGCAACAUGGACUCAAACAAAGGUUCAAGGCAUAGCUUCAGGCAGCACAGUGCAGAGCUGCUGGUGGCAGCCCCCCCCAGACCAGCCAGAGCCAAGAGGUCCUCAGGCAGACUGAGUGGCUGUGAGAGAUCCAGGUCAGUGUGCUCAUCUCCUCUGCCGGACCCCAGCCUGGACUUCACCUCAUCCUCCUCCUCCAGCCCUAGUGAGUGGGGGGCCCAGACCCAUGCCACCAGCCCUGCUAGAGUGCAUCUGUCUCGCGGGCCGAGCCCAAUCUCCCUGAGCACCCAGGAGUCCUGGCCUGUGGCUGCAGCCAUCACAGAAUACAUCAACGCUUACUUCAAAGGUGGACAGCAUAACCGCUGUCUGGUGAAGAUCACAGGAGAUCUCACCAUGUCUUUUCCUGCUGGAAUAACUUGUAUCUUCACUGCUAACCCAAACACCCCAGUCCUCAGCUUUCGAUUGGUCAACAUCUCCCGGGUUGACCACUUUCUGCCCAAUCAGAAGUUGCUCUACAGUGACCCCUCUCAGAGUGACCCAGACACCAGGGACUUCUGGUUCAACAUGCAGGCACUGAACCUUUACCUGCAGAGAGAGGCUGAGCUCAACCCUCUGGCCUCCUACUAUAACGUGGCCCUACUCAAGUACCAGGUGUCGUCCCAGGACCCUGGUCGUGCUCCCCUUCUGUUGUCAGCAGAGUGCCAGCGGAGUGGCACAGUGACCCGUGUGUCCCUGGACUAUCACUGCUGCCCGGCCACUGCCCCCUCCACCCAGCUCACUGCUGUGCAGGUGCUGCUACCCCUCGACCACACCGCCACAGACCUGCAGUGCCAUCCCCCCGCAUGCUGGAAUACUAAGGAACGACGGCUACUGUGGAAGCUACCCAACCUCUCCCCCACCAACCAAAGCAAAGGCUCUGGCACUCUGUGUGCUAGCUGGCAGUGCCUAGAGGUUCCUCGCGGCCCUCCCCCCAGCCUGGCAGUCCAGUUUGUGGGAUCGGGGGCCUCCCUUUCGGGCAUGGACGUGGAGCUGGUGGGCAACCGUUACCGCAUGUCCCUGGUAAAGAAGAGAUUUGCCACAGGGAAGUACAUGGCAGGCUGCACCUUGUGAGGAGGAGUAGGAAUGACCAGGUCACCGUUGGGAGUUCCUGGAGUACACAUUGCACUUUUAGGCCUCUGGGCCAUACCAACCUAGUCGCCCAGGAGGGAGAGAACAGACAGACUAGGAUGGUUUUGACUUUGGGACCACACAUCGUGCUCACUCUUUUCCCCCCAAACUUGUUGUGUAUGGUGUCCUGACCGCUAAGGACCAAACUCAUUAUGGGACCUAGACUUUAUUAUUUUUGUAUCUUUCAGCCCUGCGUCGUACAUAAUCCUUUUCUCUUUGUACUGAAUCUUGUUCUGUUUGCAUUGUGUGCCUUUAUAUCAGCAGUUAAACUGGAUAUAAGAAGUUGGUUUUAUUGAAGAGAAAUCGUUUAUGAAUAAACAUACUACUUGUCAAACAGAAUUGCCAUGGAAUAUUUCGGGAGAAAAUGCAUGUCUAGUCUGAGGGCUCUAUUCAAUCUAUCGCUAAAGGGUUACAGAUUGUGAUAGAAAUGUAAUUUCCAAUUGAUCCGACAUAUGCACCGUUUACUGUGAAUGCGGAACAUCGCCUUUAAAUUUCAAUCACACUUACGCGAUACUAUUUUUAUAGAGCACUUAAUCAUUGAGUGGUUACAGUAAUAACAGUUAAUUUGCCAGGACAC